GUCAGCUGGUGCCCGGGGUGAGCCGGGCCGGGGGCGCCGGUGGGGGCCUGCCGCGGCGCCGUGACUCAGUGUCACCCGACGCCGCCGACAGCUGCCGCGGCCCCGGCGGGGCUGGGAGGCUAAAAUUAGCACUGGGCUUAGCGGGGCCGGGGCUGGGGCUGAGGUUGGGGCAGAGGCAGAGCAGACAGCGGGCGGACGAGGCCGGAGCCGGAGCCGGAGCGGGACAGUGGUCGGCAGAACAGGAUCGGGCCGGGCCGGGACCGCGGCGAUGAACUUCGCGGUGGGGCUGAAGCCGCUGCUGGCGGAGGCGCGGAACAUGGAGAGCCUGGAGAAGCAGCUUAUCUGUCCCAUCUGCCUGGAGAUGUUCACCAAGCCCGUGGUGAUCCUGCCCUGCCAGCACAACCUCUGCCGCAAGUGCGCCAACGACGUCUUCCAGGCCUCUAACCCACUGUGGCAGUCGCGGGGCUCCAGCGCGGUGCCGUCGGGCGGCCGGUUCCGAUGCCCGUCGUGCCGCCACGAGGUGGUGCUGGACCGGCACGGGGUGUACGGGCUGCAGCGGAACCUGCUGGUGGAGAACAUCAUCGACAUCUACAAGCAGGAGUCGGCCAGGCCCCUCCAUGCCAAGGCCGAGCAGCACCUCAUGUGUGAGGAGCAUGAGGACGAGCGGAUCAACGUCUACUGCCUGCGCUGUGAGGCGCCGACCUGCUCCCUCUGCAAGGUUUUCGGGGCACACAAGGACUGUGAGGUCGCACCGCUGCCUGCUGUCUACCAGCGCCAGAAGAGCGAGCUCAGCGAUGGCAUUGCCAUGCUAGUGGCGGGGAAUGACCGCAUUCAGGCCAUCAUCACACAGAUGGAGGAGAUCUGCCACACCAUUGAGGAGAAUGGCCGGCGGCAGAAGCAGCACCUGGGGCUGCGCUUUGACUCACUGUACAGCAUCCUGGAGGAGCGGAAGAAGGAGCUGCUGCAGAGCAUUGCGCGGGAGCAGGAGACGAAGGUGCAGCUUGUGCGGGGCCUCAUCCGCCAGUAUGGCGACCACCUGGAGGCCUCCUCCAAGCUGGUGGAGUCAGCCAUCCAGGCCAUGGAGGAGCCCCAGAUGGCUGUGUACCUGCAGCACUCCAAGGAGCUCCUGAAAAAGAUCACAGACAUGUCCAAGGUGUCGAUGAGCAGCCGCCCAGAGCCCGGCUAUGAGAACAUGGAUCACUUCUCCAUCAAUGUGGACUAUGUGGCGGAGAUGCUGAGGACCAUCGAGUUCCAGACAGAGCCGCUGGGCGAGGAUGAGGUGGAUGCACUUGGAGAUGGCAGUGAGGCUGCGGCAGAUGAGGACCGGCUGGAGAGCCUGGAGGCACCUGAUGCUGCAGAAGAUGUGGCGCCGAGGCAGAAGCCGGUGAGCUCCCCCCAUGGUCAGCACUGAACAGGUACCAUGGAGCAGCAUUGGCAUCACCAGCUCACUC